CAUUUCAUAUGGGUCUUCUGAGGCAUGUGAAGCAGGGGCUGGCGGUGUCGCUCGAUGGAGAGCUGGUGAUGUCUGGGCGAUGGAGCGGCGGACGCGUCUUGGAUGCGUGUGGAUGCCGCAAGGAGCUGGUCCUGCGCAAUGGUGACGUAGAGAUCUUUGGCCGUAUCGCUGCGCCAGCGACCGAGUCGCUUGAAGAGCCGGUCAGGGAUCCCCAAGUUAGCUGCCGCAGUUGCGGCGCCCUUGCGGAAGGAGUGAGUGCCGAGGUGUCUGUUCACGUAAGGGAUAUGGCGGAUACUGUGGCCUGAUUGUUGAGGGCAUAGACAAGGUAGAGCGCUAGAGUGGUGUCUGUGGCAGGCAGGUAGCUCAGCUUGACCUUCGUGCAAAAGGAGCGGAACUUGAGCCAAUACGGCUCGUAGGUCCUUAUGGUGGAUGGCGCGCGGACAUGACUGAUUACCCGAAGUAGCUGUGUCUGUAGUUUUGAUAAUAAGCCUGAAAUACAGAGAGCCCAGGCACGGUGGGGUUAUAUUUUAUAUGUCACAUGCAACGCAAUGAUCG